ACGUGCCAGUCGGCACUCACGUUGGGCGUGUCGGUCAACCCAUGGGUGAUGUCAACGAGGUAUGCUCUAUCGUUGAAGAAUUUUGCAUCUAUACGCAUCGAUCAGCCCAAGCUACAUUAGUGUGUUGUUCUGACUUGCUGGACUGUGAUUAGCACAAUGGAUUCCCUGAUCUGGAUCAAAGUGGUGGUGCUUGUAGGGCUACUACUCGUUGUCAUGGUAUUUGGCCUUCUUCCUUUGAAACUAGCAACCAUAUUGAAGACCAAGAGAUUGGGCUCCGCAAGAAUACUUCGGCUUCUGAGUUGCUUCGCCGGUGGGGUUUUUCUGGCGACUUGCCUAUUGGACCUGCUACCAGAGGUGACGUCGCAGUUUGAUGCUGUCUUCGAGCGAAUGAACGUACAGAUGAACUUCCCUAUUACUGGGCUAGUGGUCACAAUUGGGUUUCUUUUGAUCCUCGCAGUAGAAGAAGUUGUCCUCGGUUGCAAAGAGUCACAAUUGAUAUCUGCGAACGAAAACGUAUAUACACUGGGAAUUACCGUGGAUGAUAGCCGUGGCGAUUCUGAUGACACCGAUUCUCUUAGGGAGACGAAGUUUGUCCCCGAGGACACAGAUUUUCUAGUGGCACCGACCUAUAAUUUUUCUAACAGUUUGCGUUCCAUGGCUUUACUUGUCGCAUUGUCUUUGCAUUCUUUAUUCGAAGGCUUGGCUAUUGGAUUACGAAAUGAAAGUUCCGGUGUUUUAAGACUAUUUACAGCGGUGGCAAUUCACAAAAGUAUUUUAGCUUUCAGCCUAGGUUUAAAACUAGUCCAAAGUAAUUUGAGUCUACGAACGGUGGUGUUAUCAUGUUUAUUCUUCGCCGUGACCUCCCCGUUGGGUGUGAGCUUAGGAAUUCUGUGUCAGUCCAUGGCUUCGGAACUGACCAGUGCCGUUAUAACCGCCACAUUACAGGCCAUUGCGACAGGGACAUUGUUUUAUAUAACGUUUCUCGAGGUGCUAGCGAAUGAGAUCAACUCAAAUGGGGACCGAUUCUGGAAAGUGGUCGCAGUCAUUGUGGGCGUUGUUUGUAUGACUGGUUUGGUGAUGUUUGGUGAUUGA